AUGAUUAGCCUGGCACGAACCAAGAUAUGGUUCCCAGGCAUGGAUAGGGCGGUGGAAGAAAUGGCAAAGAAAUGCAGCACAUGUGCAGUGAUGGGUAGAGAUCCGGUGAAGGUACCUCUACACCCAUGGGAGGAGCCGAAAGAAGUCUGGCAAAGGCUACACAUUGAUUUUUGUGAGACAAAAGGGGGGAUAAAAUGGCUGAUCCUGGUGGAUGCUAAGUCCAAGUGGCCGGAGGUGGCCAAAAUGGGCACCACCACAGCCGAGAAAACGAUAAUGGCGCUGAAGGAGGUUUUCAGCAGGAAUGGGUUGCCGGAGCAGUUGGUUUCCGACAACGGACCCCCCUUUACUUCGGCGGAAUUUCGUGAAUACUGCUGUAAAAGAGGUAUUCAGCAGAUAUUCGCACCGCCGUACCAUCCUAAUUCAAAUGGAGAAGCUGAGCGUUUCGUGCAAACUUUCAAAAACACCCUGUAUAAAGGGUUACGAUCCAACAAAAGUCUGGAGAAUGCGUUAUUGGAUCUUCUGUUCGAAUACAGGGUUACAUCCCAGCGACGGGACAGGCACCCGAGGAAAUGCUGA